CUUCAUGUACCUCUUUUGAAUCAUAUUUAAUGAGUAUUUAAAUUAUAGUGGUAUAUUUUGGUGUUUGGAACAAAAAUUAUGUUGUCUAAAUUGUGUUGCUAGUUCGCUGUCCUCACGUGGCCAAACCCGGAAGUUCCCAUGCGCGAGCUAUGACUAUAACAGCCUUUGAGGGUCAAAAUGUGUAACGGUUAAGGAGUCUUAAAAGUAGUCAUUGAAAGAUUUUUGAGUAGCAUUUUCAGUACGUCGUGAAAACAUAAACACAUUUAUUAUGUUUUAAUAUAAGACUUUAUUUAUGACGCCGUUUUGCUGAGCUGUUAUAACAGUAUUUAUAAUAUAUUAAUAAUAGUGAAAGGUCCUGUGAUAUUGAGGGAGCGGAUAUCAAUACUGUAGCGAGUAAUAAUAAAAAUACGACUUAAUCUAGCCAGAGUUGUUUCUGUGACAUUAAGUGUUUGGUAUUGAGAGCAGUGGGCCAUGUGUUGGUGGAAGUCAACAGGCGGUGUCUAUAAAUAGUGACGUUCCUGCAUGUGUGUAGCUUUAAGGACUCUGCUGUAACUUGAGCCCUAUGGAGCAUAGGGAAGGGGGCGGGGUCUAUACAUAGGCAUACACCAAUCACAACAACCCCCCGAAAAAAAAAUAUUCCUGGAACCUCUGCAAACGUGCCAGUUAUCCAUCAACAAGGUUUGUGGAUAAACACCACCAGGCUGCUCCAGGCGGGGAGCUGCAGGCCCGCCUCUGUUUAGCGACUGUGUUGUUUAUCUAGCAUGGACAGACAUGAUGGCCGUGGAUGUGUCACGGAGCAUGCACCUCUGCAACCAGCCGUGGGAACCUUAAGAAAAAGCCGAGGGAGCCCCGAGCAAGGCAGGGCGUCUUCAUGAAAGUCGUAAGUGGGCUCGGGUGGCCAUGGACCCGUUCAGCCAGCUCAUCCUCACCAUCUCGGUGACAAGCUUCCUCACCUUCCAGUGGCUCUUCCACAAAGUCAGCCCCUGGGUGUCGGUGCGCAUCAGCCCGGGAUUCCGGGGCCUCAGCGACAAGCAGAAGGUAGAAUGGAACUCGAGGACGGUGUCAACUCUUCACGCACUGUUGGUGGGAAUCUUCUGUCUCUACAUUUUGCUCUUCGAUGAUGCCGUCAAUGAAGACCCAGUGUGGGGAGAUCCUACUCUGGUGAAGACUAAUGUUGCCAUCACAACAGGCUACCUCAUAUCCGAUCUGCUGCUAAUAUUUUACUAUUGGAAGGCGAUAGGGGACAAGUUUUUUGUAGUACACCAUCUGGCAGCGUUGUAUGCUUACUACUAUGUACUGGGCCAAGGCAUGUUGCCUUAUUUUGCUAACUUCCGUCUACUUGCCGAGUUUUCUACUCCAUGCGUGAACCAGCGCUGGUUCUUUGAGGUUCUAGGCUACCCCAAGUCGUCCCGGCCCAACAUGGUAAACGGCGUGGCCAUGGCCGUGGUGUUCUUCGCGGUUCGCGUUGCCGUCAUGCCCGUCUACUACGUUCGCAUGUACGCCGUCUACGGCACCGAGGCCUACUACCUGGUUCCCUUCGGCGGGCGCUCGGCGUGGAUCUGCUCCAGCAUCUGCUUGGACAUCAUGAACAUCAUGUGGAUGCAUAAGAUCGCCCGUGGAUGCUACAAGGUGCUGCAGUCGGCCGGCCGCAGCAAAGCCACUGUGGCGCCUCAGGAGAACGGGAAGUCCGACUGACUAAAGCGGAAGUGAGGACCCUAAACUGUCAACAGGGGCGAAUGUACGGAGGAGGAAACUUUUAAAGGUGGGCACAGUCACAGAAAUAUGAUGGACCAAUAUGACUGGCCAUCUGUAAGCCAUGAAAUGACCGCCGAGCAAUACUCUUGUGUACAUGGCCUAGCUUUUUUUUUUUUUUUUUAUUGACCACUUCGCUGAACUGUUGAGCCCAAACUGAAAUAGUUUACCAUCCUUUACACACAUACACUGGUCAAACUAGACUACUGCUUGAUGAAGAAGGGAGUCGAAGCAAUGGAUCACAUUGGAUCAUUGGAUCAUCUUUCAUUGGACGACCACAGUCACAUGGUUAUUUGAUUUUAUUGUGGAAAAAGAACAGAGUACCUUUUUUUUAAAUUUGCUAAAAGGGAAACUUGAAUGUCAAUGUUGCGUUUGGACGCAUAAUCAAGCGGGAUUUACCAUGAGGGAUUAGAUUAGAACGAACGUGUACUCGCAUCACAUGUGAGGAUAUAAUGAUGACACUGUUAUAUAGAUACUUAAAGCAAGAUUUUUACAGUUUUUUUUUAAUCCAUUAUGAGCAGGGGUGUCCAAAUUGUUCCAGAUGAUUAAAAUUAAACAAGCCAUAGUAUGUGAUAUGUUAAAAAAACAUUAAACAUAUGAAAUUUCCAUAGGAAAUAAUGCAAAACUAACUGAAACUGAAAAUAAUUCACAAGCAAUUUUGUUAACAAACAUUAAACAUGUUAAAUUCCCAUAGGAAAUAAUGCAAAACUAAUAGAAUAUGAACAAAAAUACACUUAUUGAAAAUAAUUCACAAGCAACUUUGUUAAAAAACAUUAAACAUAUAAAAUUCCCAUAGGAAAUAAUGCAAAACCAAUAGAAUAUGAACAAAAAUACACUUAUUGAAAAUAAUUCACGAGCAACUUUGUUAAAAAAAACAAAUAUGAAAUUCCCAUAAGAAAUAAUGCAAAUCCAAUAGAAUAUGAACAAAAAUACACUUAUUGAAAAUAAUUCACUAGCAACUUUGUUUAAAAAAACAUUAAACAUAUGAAAUUCCCAUAGGAAAUAAUGCAAAACCAAUAGUAUAUGAACAAAAAUACAUUUAUUGAGAAUAAUUCACUAGCAACUUUCUUUAUUUAUAAAUUGCACUCAAACUGUGAGUCUGCAAUACAAAAGCUUUGCAGCACUGGUUUUGUAAAAGGUGAAGCUGAUUAACUGUAGUUGUAUUAUCAGUAGCGGUAGUUACCCCUCUAUGUGUCAUCUACCAGUUGCUAUGUGACUGUCAUGUUAAAUCAUGAUCACUUGGUUGAAACACGAUUCCCCAGUCGAGUCGAGACCCCUGAUAGGGUGUCCCUGUAGGGUGCUUUGGACGAUACGGAACCGGGCAGACGGACUAGUAACAUCCGAAAACCGAGGUUUGAGCUUACCACCCCAUUUUUUUUAAAGAUCUAUUUAUUUCUCAUAGAAUUGUAUUGGUGGUGGCCAAUGUAUUACCAGUGGCCUUUGGCAAAACAAACAGCCCCCAAGCCUCACUUUGGACACCCCUGAUUAUGCUGGGGGGGAAACUAACAUUGACUUUAAGGCACUUCCGUCCUGUACUGAUCUGCAUGUUUAUUUUUUUAUUAUUUCCCCCCUUUUUUUUUUUUUUACGUAUGAUAUACAGGAGUUAGUCAUUAAGAUGGGAAGAAAGGACACAAACAGGGAUUGAUAUUUAUUUUAAUAAAAUUCAUAGUGUUGCCUUCUGAAAUAUUUUAAUUGCACAUUUUUUUUAUUUCUCAGAUGCCUGUUUCAUUUUAUUUUUCGGCCUUUUCUGUUGAAAUGUUAAGUUGUUUUUUUUUUUUUUACAAAAAACAUACAGUUGGUGUUUGUUGUGGUAAGUCACCAAUCGGUCAGUAUUUUAUUGGCUCUUACAAGGGGAAAUACCCUACAAUAGUCAUCUUCAUGCUUUUAACCGCAUGUGAUACUGCAUGGAGAUAUACAGCAUUCAACGUUACCAUCGCCAUAGCACAUGUACACAAUGUUUACUCUUCGCUCUCAUAUCCUGCACAGAAAUACUUGAAAGAAUCAGCACAGUUUAUGAGAACAAACCCGGGCAGUUGCAAAUACCAACCAAACCCAUCUCUGUGUUUUUUAAAUUAUUGCCAGUAGCAGUCUGCUGCCCUCCGUUGGUUUGUACAGUACUGAUAUAUUAUGUAGAUGAGAGAUGGAGCGGUUAUGUGAUGACAUUCUGUGAAUGUGUUGGGGAAUAACAGCAAAUAUUGACCAUUACACUUUUCUUUGUUCCUUAAUAAAUGCCAAAUUAACUGA